AUGUUCACAAUGGUUAACGUCCCAAAAACCAGAAGAACCUACUGCAAGGGCAAGGACUGCAAGAAGCACACCCAGCACAAGGUCACCCAGUACAAGGCUGGUAAGGCUUCCUUGUUUGCCCAGGGUAAGAGAAGAUACGACCGUAAGCAGAGCGGUUACGGUGGUCAGACCAAGCCAGUUUUCCACAAGAAGGCUAAGACCACCAAGAAGGUUGUCUUGAGAUUGGAGUGUGUUGUCUGCAAGACCAAGGCCCAGUUGGCUUUGAAGAGAUGUAAGCACUUUGAGUUGGGUGGUGACAAGAAGCAGAAGGGCCAGGCCUUGCAGUUCUAA